AUGAGCCGAGCUGUGGCGGCACUGCGCGGGCGCGGCAUGCUGGCCGCGCUGACGCACGAGAGCGCCGGCAAGUCCAUGGACGCGCUGCUGCAGGGCUCGCGCGCGCCCGCCGUGUACUGCGGCUUCGACCCGACGGCGGACUCGUUGCACCUGGGCAACCUGCUGCAGGGCAUCGCGCUGCGCCACUUCCAGCGCGCGGGCCUGCGCCCCAUCCUGCUGGUGGGCGGCGCCACGGGCAUGAUCGGCGACCCGAGCGGCAAGUCGGAGGAGCGCGUGCUGCUGUCGGACGAGACGGUGGCGCACAACGCGCAGCAGAUCGCCAAGGGCCUCUCGCCCGUGCUGGACUUCGACGACCCGAGGACGGGCGCCGUCAUCAUGAACAACGCCGAGUGGCACACCAACAUGUCGGCGGUCACGUGGAUGCGGGACAUCGGCCGCCACUUCCGCGUGAACGCGAUGCUGCAGCGCGACAGCGUCAAGAAGCGGCUGGAGACGGACCAGGGCAUCAGCUUCCUCGAGUUCUCGUACCAGCUCUUCCAGGCGUACGACUUCCUGCACCUGUACAAGAACCACGGCUGCGUCGUGCAGAUCGGAGGCAGCGACCAGUGGGGCAACAUCGCCUCGGGCAUCGAGCUCGUUCGUAAGAGCGCGGGCGAGGAGGUGUUCGGAGCGACGUUGGCCCUCUUGACGACGGCCACUGGAGAGAAGUACGGCAAGUCCGCAGGCAACGCGAUUUGGCUGGACUCUGAGAAGACGUCCGUGUUCGACUUCUACCAGUUCUUUCUUCGCUCGGAUGACCGCGAUGUUGAGCAGCUCCUGAAGAGUUUCACGUUCCGCGAGGUGGAGGAGAUUCGUGACAUCGUGGCGGAGCACGAGAAGGCGCCUGAAAAGCGCGCCGCCCAGAAGGUGCUCGCGGAAGACAUCACUGCGAUGAUGCACGGGCAAGAGGGCUUGAAGGCUGCGCUGGAUGCGACCGAGCUCCUGUUCGGAAAGAAGAGCGGCCCGCUCACGGCGGAAGAGAUGCUGCGCAUGGCUGGAGACGCGCCGAUGUCAGCCCUUUCGCGCGCGGAUGUUGUCGACCAAUCUCUGGUGGAUCUUGCGGUUCGAAUAGGCGCAGCCAAGUCAAAAGCUGAGUGCCGCCGUCUGAUUAAGGGUGGCGGCGUUUACCUGAACAACGAGCGCGUUGAAUCGGAAGCUCUGCGCGUUGAGGCAGCCAAUCUUCUCGACGGCAAGCUGCUGGUGCUCCGUAUCGGCCGAAGGAACAACUUUAUCGUCCAGGUGCAAUAG